AAUAAAUCAUUGCCAGACUGCGAUUCCUCUCCCUCUCUCUCUCUCUCUCUCUCUCUCUGCUUUCCCUUCCUUCCAUCCACGCCUUCUGAGAAUUCUCUCUGUGUUUUCGAUCUUGCCCCGAGUUUCUCUUCCCCCUCGUUCGUUUCAAUUUCUUCUCUUUUUAUUUUUUUGAGUUUUUCUGAAUUAUUUACGAUUACGGUUUUCCUUUUUUUUUUGCCCAAAACCUCUGUUUAGAAGCAAGUAUCGAAAAGGUUAUUAAUGUAUUUUGGUUAGGAUCGGUUCGCCGGUAAGUUUGGGGACGAGGAAGGAUUAGUCUCCGGCGACAAUGGCGACCGACUUGCCGAUGGGCCCUCAGUUGGAGCAGAUCCACGGUGAAAUCCGCGAUAAUUUUCGAGCCCUAUCAAAUGGUUUCCAAAGGCUGGAUAAGAUCAAAGACUCCAAUAGACAAAGUAAACAGCUGGAAGAACUUACUGGAAAGAUGAGGGAGUGUAAAAGAUUAAUCAAGGAGUUUGAUCGUGAACUUAAAGAUGAGGAGGGCAGAAAUCCACCUGAGGUUAACAAGCAGCUCAAUGAUGAGAAGCAGUCUAUGAUCAAAGAGCUGAAUUCCUACGUGGCAUUGAGAAAAACGUAUAUGAAUACCCUUGGUAACAAGAGAGUUGAACUCUUUGAUAUGGGAGCUGGAGUAAGUGAACCUACCGCUGAUGAAAAUGUUCAAGUAGCAUCAUCAAUGUCAAAUCAAGAACUCAUCAAUGCUGGAACAAAGACAAUGGAUGAGACUGAUCAGGCCAUUGUACGCACUCAAAAGGUUGUCGAACAAACAAUUGAAGUGGGAACCCAAACUGCUGUUACAUUGAAGGGUCAAACUGACCAAAUGGGUCGUAUUGUUAAUGAGCUGGAUACAAUUAACUUCUCAAUUAAGAAGGCCUCCCAGCUUGUGAAGGAGAUUGGUAGGCAGGUGGCUACAGAUAAAUGCAUCAUGUUUUUUCUGUUCCUUAUUGUAUGUGGUGUAAUAGCCAUUAUCAUUGUCAAGGUUGUUAACCCCAAUAACAAAGACAUCAGAGACAUCCCCGGAUUGGCGCCUCCAGCUCCCACAAGGAGGCUUUUGUGGGCUGCAGAACAUUUCGAUUAGAUUCCUCAUUUCAGAGCAGUUUUUCAACACUGUUAUGAUUUGUGUUCAAGUUUCAUGGAAGGGAGGCCAAAGGAAUGUCUGCGGAUCUUUUUUUUUUUUUUGUCUCCAUAUUUUCACCAAUUCUUGCCGGCUAUGUGCAUAUUCUGUUUGCUAUUCUCUUUUUAUGUGUAAAUCACAUGCGAGCCCUUUUUGCUUUGUUUUGAAUGCCAACGGUUCUUUCUGUAAACAUCGCAAUACUGUUGUAAUCUAGAAAGAUAACUCUGCAGUGAAGUUCCCUUCUC